CGGAUGCAGAGGCUGAGAGUGGAGUCCAGCUGUGAGCCUGACCGGCCAUGGGGACAUGUAUUACUCCUCUAUCGGACCCAUUUCACUGAGGCUCAGCGAGGUUACCUAUGUCGCCCCAGGUCACCAUCCAGUAACCCAGAAAACUUCUCUUGGCUCCUCCACUAACUGCGUGAUCUCGGACAACCAAUGGGCCGCGUCCCCGCCCCCGCGGUCGCCCCGCCCCUCGCGGACCCGGAAGUAGGCCUGGCACCUUCCCGGCCGGCCGCAGGGAUGGGGCGGCUGUACUGGCUGCCGCUGCUGGCACCGCUCCUGUUGCUGCGACCGCCAGGGGUCCAGUCCGCCGGCCCCAUCCGGGCCUUCGUGGUGCCCCACAGCCACAUGGACGUGGGCUGGGUCUACACUGUGCAGGAAAGCAUGCAGGCGUACGCCGCCAAUGUCUACACCUCAGUGGUGGAAGAGCUGGCCCGCGGCCAGCAGCGCCGGUUCAUCGCCGUGGAGCAGGAGUUUUUCCGGCUGUGGUGGGAUGGCGUCGCCUCGGACCAGCAGAAACACCAGGUCCACCAGCUCCUGGAGGAAGGACGCCUGGAAUUUGUCAUCGGAGGCCAGGUCAUGCAUGACGAGGCCGUGACGCACCUUGAUGACCAGAUCCUGCAGCUCACAGAAGGACACGGGUUUCUCUAUGAAACAUUUGGGAUCCGGCCACAGUUCUCCUGGCAUGUUGACCCGUUUGGCGCCUCUGCCACAACCCCCACCCUAUUUGCGCUGGCGGGCUUCAAUGCCCACCUCAGCUCCCGGAUCGACUACGACCUGAAGGCAGCCAUGCAGGAGGCCCGGGGGCUGCAGUUCGUGUGGCGAGGGUCCCCAUCCCUCUCAGAGCAGGAGGAAAUCUUCACGCACAUCAUGGACCAGUACAGCUACUGCACCCCGUCCCACAUCCCUUUCUCCAACAGGUCAGGAUUUUACUGGAAUGGAGUGGCCAUCUUCCCCAAGCCUCCCCCAGAUGGGGUGUACCCCAACAUGAGUGAGCCCGUCACCCCAGCCAACAUCAACCUCUAUGCCGAGGCCCUGGUGGCCAACGUGAAGCAGAGGGCCGCCUGGUUCCGGACACCCCACGUCCUCUGGCCCUGGGGAUGUGACAAGCAGUUCUUCAAUGCCUCGGUGCAGUUUGCCAACAUGGACCCGCUGCUGGACCACAUCAACAGCCAUGCUGCCAAGCUCGGUGUCUCGGUGCAGUACGCCACGCUGGGCGACUACUUCCGUGCCCUGCACACUCUCAAUAUCACCUGGCGUGUCCGUGACCACCACGACUUCCUGCCCUAUUCCACAGAACCAUUCCAGGCCUGGACGGGCUUCUACACGUCCCGCAGCGCACUGAAGGGGCUGGCCCGGCGAGCCAGCGCCUUGUUGUAUGCCGGGGAGUCCAUGUUCACACACUACAUGUGGCCAGCCCCCUGUGGGCAUCUGGACCCCACCUGGGCCCUGCAGCAGCUCCAGCAGCUUCGCUGGGCCGUCUCCGAGGUCCAGCACCAUGAUGCCAUCACUGGGACUGAGUCCCCCAAGGUGAGAGAUAUGUACGUGAUGCACCUGGCCUCGGGGAUGCUAGGCGUGCGCAAGCUGAUGGCCUCCAUCAUCCUAGACAAGCUCCAGCCCCAGGCACCCAUGGCGGCCAGCUCCGGUGCAGGGCCUGCAGGACAUUUUGCCUCCGUCUACAACCCACUGGCCUGGACGGUCACCACCAUCGUCACCCUGACUGUUGGUUUCCCUGGAGUCCACGUCACAGAUGAGGCGGGCCACCCAGUGCCCUCGCAGAUCCAGAACUCAACAGAGACCCCAUCUGUGUAUGACCUGCUUAUUCUGACCACAAUCCCAGGCCUCAGUUACCGACACUACAGCAUCAGACCCACUGCAGGGGCCCAAGAGGGCACCCAGGAGCCAGCUGCCACUGUGGCCACCACCCUUCAAUUUGGCCGCAGGCUGAGGAGACGCACCAGCCAUGUGGGUAGGCACUUGGUGCCUGUGGCAAACGACUGCUACACUGUGCUGCUCGACCAGGAUACCAACCUGAUGCACAGCAUCUGGGAGAGACAGAGUAACCAAACGGUGCGCGUGACCCAGGAAUUCCUGGAGUACCACGUCAACGGGGAUGUGAAACAGGGCCCCAUUUCUGAUAACUACCUGUUCACACCGGGCAAGGCCGCAGUGCCCGCGUGGGAAGCUGUGGAAAUGGAGAUCGUGGCGGGACAGCUCGUGACUGAGAUCCGGCAGUACUUCUACAGGAACAUGACAGCACGGAAUUACACGUAUGCAAUCCGCUCCCGGCUCACCCAUGUGCCGCAGGGCCAUGACGGGGAGCUGCUCUGCCACCGGAUAGAGCAGGAGUACCAAGCCGGCCCCCUGGAGCUGAACCGCGAGGCUGUCCUGAGGACCAGCACCAACCUAAACAGCCAGCAGGUCAUCUACUCAGACAACAACGGCUACCAGAUGCAGCGGAGGCCCUACGUUUCCUAUGUGAACAACAGCAUCGCCCGGAAUUACUACCCCAUGGUUCAGUCGGCCUUCAUGGAGGAUGGCAAAAGCAGGCUUGUGUUGCUGUCGGAGCGGGCACAUGGCAUCUCCAGCCAAGGGAACGGGCAGGUGGAGGUCAUGCUUCACCGGCGGCUGUGGAACAACUUCGACUGGGACCUGGGCUACAACCUCACACUGAACGACACCUCAAUCGUCCACCCAGUGCUCUGGCUUCUGCUGGGAUCCUGGUCCCUCACCACUGCCCUGCGCCAGAGGAGCGCAAUGGCGCUGCAGCACAGGCCCGUGGUGCUGUUCGGAGACCUCGCCGGGACUGCACCGAAGCUCCCAGGACCCCAGCAGCAAGAGGCUGUGACACUGCCCCCGAAUCUUCACUUGCAGAUCCUGAGCAUCCCCGGCUGGCGCUACAGCUCCAACCACACAGAGCACGCUCAGAAUCUCCGGAAAGGCAAUCGAGGGGAAGUCCAGGCUGACCUCCACCGUGUCCUGCUGCGGCUCCACCACCUGUAUGAAGUGGGCGAGGACCCAGUCCUGUCUCAGCCAGUGACAGUGAAUCUGGAGGCUGUGCUGCAGGCGCUGGGGUCCGUGGUGGCAGUGGAGGAGCGCUCGCUCACAGGGACCUGGGAUGUGAGCAUGCUGCACCGCUGGAGCUGGAGGACGGGGUCUGGCCGCCGCAGAGGUUUGGGGUCCCCCGCUUCAGCUCCCUACCCAGGACUCCCAGCCAGGCUCAGGAGCUGGUCAGACCCGGUGCACAUCCAACCAUCUGCCUGUCCCGGCCUAUGCAACCUUGUGACACCACCUCUCCCUCGAGGCCACCAGGAGGCCCCAUCAUCACCGUCCACCCAAAGGAAAUCCGGACAUUCUUCAUUCACUUUCAACAGCAGUGAGCCCUGGGCAGAUGCCCCGGCCCCAGGGCUUCCCCCAGGAACUCCAUGUAACAGAACAGACCCAAGACAGCGAAAAGCAGCGCGGAGGGACGGGACUGGGGAGUCAGCUGCUCAUCUGCAGGCUAAUGGCAGGAAAUGGUCAUAUUUGGGGUUUUGUCCCUAAUUUUUUUAAAAUAAAAAUUACAUUACAAGAUCCAGGUUCUUCCCCUCCACACUCAAUCAAGCCAGCCCUCUCCUCUUCUGUCACAUAAAGGAUAUUUGGCACGCUCAUGCAUCAUUCAUUCACAAAAGACAAACCCAGGACGUUCUGCCUAAGGCAGAGCACAAGACCCACAGCAGCACCAAAACGCAUCUGCCGUCCGGGCCCUGCCAGGCUUGCCCAGGCUGCCGGUGGUAACUGUGGACCUUCUGUGUGCUGCGUGUUUUCAUAGACUCAUCCCAUGCUGACAACAGCCUUGCAAGGGGCUUGGCUCUGCCACAAGGCAGGAGAGGAAGUUGUAGUGCCAAGCCGGAGUUCCAGCUCCAGAUGCCCACCUGUGCCUCAGCACCGCCUGUCGAGCAGAGAAGGCACAGCAGCCGUCAGAGUCCAUGAGAGAUGAAACCACACAGCAGGGAUGUCCAAUAUCAGAACUAUUAAUAUCAAUAAAAGUAUAACCUUCCCAGGUCCAUCCCAAGAGAAUUGAAAACAUCCGUCCACACAAAACCUGUGCUCCCGCGUUCAUAGCAGCAUUACUCAAAAGUCAAACGGUAGCAACAACCCAAAUGUCCAUCCACAGAUGAAUUAAGACAUGAAAUGUGUUCUGUCCAUACAAUGGAAUAUUAUUUGGCCAUAAAAAGGAAGGAAAUUCUGACACAUGCCACAGCCUGAGUGAAUCCUACAAACAUUACGCUAAGUGAAAGAAGCCAGACACGAAAGGCCACAUAUUGUGUGAUUCUGUUUAUGUGAAAUGUCCAGAAUAGGCAAAUCUGUGUAUAAGAGACAAAGCACAUUGGUAGUUGCCAAGGACUGGAGGAAGACAAAAGAAGCAUGACAGCUAACAGGGACUGGAUUUCUUUGGAAGAUGAUGAAAUUGUGGAAUGAUGGUUGCACAACUUUGUGAAUAUACUAGAAACCAAUGAAUUAUUAACUUUGGAAGAUGAA